UAGAAAUGGGAGUUUCCUUGUGGGUCAUAUUUCAGGAUAUUUGUAUUUACGCAAGGGUUAUAAGAAAGCAGUCACUAUGCAGAGCAAUGACAUGUCGUGUUGCGCUGCAGAAAACGAUACAGGUAAUUUGGAAAUGCUUUAAGGGAUAUUUCUCCCAGACCUUCCACACCAUGAACACAUUUUGCCUAGUGAGAUCACACAGAUGAUUAAGAGCCUAUUGUAAUCCCAGAGGUUUUUGUUUUUCCACCUGCAGAUCUUCACUUUUACUCAAAUCUAGGUGACCGUAAGUACAGUAAAAUGCAACUCAGCAGGAAUCCGAGUGAAAGGAAUUAGCCUCAGGGUUUUUGCUCUCUUUAUAUUCCGUGUGGAAGAAACAAUCAGGAUGGCUUCCAGAAAUAGAAGAAAUUCUGCAGGAGAUCAAAUUGCAUUCUGCCCCAAGGAUGAAGUUUGCAAGCACGGAUUCUUCACCAAAUCACCACCUCUUCAACUUUUGAGCUCACAGAAAUCAUUUUCUCUUUGGCAGAAUUCCUGGAAAAGGCGGUUUUUCAUCCUGUCCAAAUCCAGCAAGGGUUAUUACACCCUGAAGUAUCUGAAAGGCCAGAAUAUAAAAGGCUCCAUAGCUGUUGAUCAAAUCAUAAAUACAGAAAUUGGCAUAAGUAAUUCUGAAAGGAUGGCAACAGUAAGGAAGAUGUUUAAAUGCCCUCCUGAAGAGGUGAUGUCUAUCAGUACUGGAGACAGAACUUACUACCUCAUUGGGAGGAACAGGCAGGAGAUAGAGGACUGGGUCACUGAGAUAUCUUCAAUCUGCAGGGAGGUGAAAGAAGGUGGAUGUCCUCAGAACCAAGAUCUUGCAAAUCCAGAAGUCAAAAGCCUGCCUUCCUCUUUGCCGUUAUCCAUGAAUGAUGUAGCUAUGACCAGCCACCUGGAAAGGCAAAACAUCCAGAAGGAGAAAGGUCCCUCAGAAGAAAAGAACAGGCCUAAAUCAGAUCCUGGCCCCCAUCAGUCUCAGUACGACUCACUGAGAAGAGAUUUUCCAAGCCUGAAUAAAAAUAUGGAAAAGACUGAGGAAAAUCCACUGUUGUCAGAUACAGAUGAAGACAUCAAAGAGGAAGAAGACGACUAUUACAAAACUCCAAGCAGUCUUUUAACAAAGUGUAAUACUGAAAUAUCAAAGCCUGACCCUACAGCUGAGUCUAAUGUCCCUGUGCAAGAGAAGCCAGUGCAGAAGAACACAGUAAAGGAGAACAUUUAUAUGUCAAUGAAAUCACUUCGGGUCCUGGAUGAGAAUCACCAGCUCAUGUGCACGAGUGAUAGACUCCUGACUCCUCCCAAGUGCCAGGAAACCAGUGCAUGUCCAAGAGACUUGAUGGCAAACAGAGACUUAAAACUUGCAGAAAGCAGCACCAGGCAGCAGCCAACCCUCCAGAGAAAGCAAAAUUCAUUACCCCUUUCGGUGGUUCAGCUGACCAUACUACUCAGUCAAGUUACAGAUAAGACCCAACUUCAGAAGUUGGAUAUUUUCAUCCCUCUGACUGAUAUUAACAGUAACCUAACACUUACCGAAGCAGCAGGAAAAAUAUGUGUCUCACACUGGACUGGUCCUUACCAGCUGGGAUGUAUAUUUAACCAUGGAGACCAUAUAGUGGCUGUGAAUGACCUGCACCCAAAGAAUAUGGAGGAAGUUUCCCUGUUUAUCAGCAGGUCCACAAGAAAGGAGGUGAAACUUACUAUAUGUAGGAUCCCAGAUUCAGAUAUAUUCCAUGUUAAAGGCUGCUCAUGUUCCUGAAAAAAGACCUCAGCAAUUAAGUGCUAAAGUUCAAUGGAAAGAGCAGUGGAGAAGAAUGUAAUAUGUAGUAUAUGGAUGUAAUCUUUACCUUUCAGAGCUGCCAGGCAACUUUUGGUGCUGAAGUACAAAGAAUACAGGAUGUGGAUUUCAUUUUCGCUUUAUGUCCUAAUAACUUGUUUUGGGCACAGGAAUGGCAUGUGUUUGGCCAGGGCGAAUAGAUUGAACAAAACUUAAGUUUGUUAUGUGUUAUGUUAUGUGUUAAACCUUUGUACAAUACACACUUUGUACCUCAGUAGAAAGUAUUGGUUCACACCUGUGUUUGCCUCUUUACACUGAAUUAUACUGAUUUAUACUGAUCUCCUAAUCAGUUAGGGGUGUGCAUUUGGGAUAAAGACAUGUUUUCCCUUGGUCUAACUACAGAAAGGCAAAGGCAAACUGAGACCUGUAAUACUAGAAGGAAGGUUGAUUAAUAAAGUGUUGUGUAGUAGUGA